AUGAGGCUGAGCUGGGUCUUGACAGUACUGUCUGUCUGCCUGAGCGCCCUGGUCACAGCCACAGGGGCCGAGGGCAAACGGAAGCUGCAGAUCAGAGUCAAGAAGCAGGUAGACCCCUGUCCCAUCAAAUCGCGCAAAGGGGACGUCCUGCGCACACACUGCGUGGGGAGGCUAGAAGACGGCACAGAGUUUGACAGCAGCCUGCCCCAGAACCAGCCCUUUGUCUUCUCCUUGGGCACAGGCCAGGCCAUCCAGGGCUGGGACCAGGGGAUGCUAGGGAUGUGUGAGGGGGAAAAGCGGAAGCUGGUGAGUCCAUCAGAGCUGGGGUAUGGAGAUUGGGGAGCUCCCCCAAAGAUUCCAGGUGGUGCAACCUUGGGGUUCGAGAUGGAGCUGCUCAAAAUCGAGCAACAUUCAGAACUGUAG